GGAAAGCACCCGGUGUAAACUAGGACAUUGUAGUGCAGUUUUGGAACGCAGCCUCGAGAGGGUGAGAACGAGGGAUCAUGGCGACCGAUGGCGAUACUCCGAUGGGAAGAAAAAUUAACAUGGCGACCUGUACGGUAAAUUUGGCUAGUUGCGCCCUAUCGAGGUGCUUUUGGGUGCUUUUACGCAACGAUCGUAUGGCACGGUGUGAUACGAUGAACAUUUGUUGACGUCGCGUGUCGUGCGUGCAACCCGAGGGUCAGUAUUUAUCGGUACAGCUACGGAGACGUUGGAAACGCGUCCGUCGUUUCAACGUCAGCGUUCUUCGCACGUGGUGUUUGUGUGAUUGCGACGCGACCGAUAACGUUAACUUGAUCAACGAUGUCGGUCAGCUACGCCAGGAUGAAGUCGUGUCACGAGGCGUCGUCACCCGUGUCGCCUAUGUCACCCGCAUCACCCACAUCAUCGUCGACGAUCGUGCCGAGUAAUGCACCCAGACGCGCCGGCGAUGAGGAGGACUGGUGGAUGCAGUUGGCGUUCUGUAAGCCCCGUCACAAUGCCACGAUUGAAUACGUUAACUGUAUCAGUCAGACUUGGCGAAUGAAAGAGCGGAUGAAAACUGUUAGUGUUGCUCUGGUGUUGUGCCUAAAUGUUGGCGUUGACCCACCGGACAUCGUCAAGACUCAACCAUGUGCUCGCCUUGAGUGCUGGAUAGAUCCUUUGUCGGUGAGUCCUCAAAAAGCUCUCGAAACUAUAGGUUCGAAUUUGCAAAAGCAAUACGAACGAUGGCAGCCAAGAGCCCGCUAUAAACAAAGUUUAGAUCCAACCGUGGAGGAAGUUAAAAAAUUAUGUACGUCUUUAAGGCGAAAUGCCAAAGAAGAAAGAGUUUUAUUUCACUACAACGGUCACGGAGUACCCAAACCUACUACUAACGGUGAAAUAUGGGUAUUUAAUAGGACAUAUACACAGUACAUUCCAUUAUCCGUGUACGACUUGCAGACUUGGAUGGGUGCGCCUAGUAUUUACGUAUACGAUUGUUCCAACGCAGGCAUUAUAGUAGAAUCUUUCCAGCAAUUUGCUGAUCAGCACGAAAAAGAGUAUGAGGUAAAUAAAAGAAUUCUAAAUGUUUAUAAGGCAAAUAUAAAUGUAAUUAUCGAGUGGAAUUAUUCUUCGCAGAUGGAAAAACAACAAAAUCGUGCGACUGGAGUGACAUGUCCUGUGGCACCAUGUUAUAAGAAUUGUAUUCAAUUAGCGGCGUGUGCGGCUAAUCAGAUUUUACCUAUGAACCCAAAUUUGCCUGCAGAUAUAUUUACGUCUUGCCUUACUACACCUAUAAAAAUUGCAAUACGCUGGUUUGCAAUGCAGCCUACAUCCAAAUUGGUUCCCAAUAUAUCGCUUGAUCUCAUUGACAAAAUUCCUGGACAAUUGACCGAUAGGAGAACAAUGUUAGGGGAGCUGAAUUGGAUAUUUACCGCCAUCACCGAUACGAUAGCGUGGAACACUUUACCAAGAGAUUUGUUUCAAAGAUUAUUUAGACAAGAUCUAUUAGUUGCCAGUCUCUUCAGAAAUUUUUUGCUAGCGGAAAGGAUACUUCGUUCUUACGAUUGCACGCCAGUUUCAUCCCCGAAAUUACCAUCGACUUAUCAGCACCGUAUGUGGCAAGCUUGGGACAUGGCACUUGACUUAUGUCUAGCACAAUUACCAACGGUUCUGGAAAACGAAGACCGAUACGUGCAUUCAUCAUUCUUCGAAGAUCAACUCACGGCUUUCCAAGUAUGGCUCAACUUAGGAUCAAAAAAUCGCAGUCCACCGGAGCAGCUUCCAAUUGUCCUCCAAGUGCUAUUGAGUCAAGUUCAUAGGCUAAGAGCUCUAGAACUGUUGGGGCGUUUUCUUGACCUCGGUCCGUGGGCUGUGAACCUAGCACUUAGUGUCGGCAUUUUUCCGUAUGUCUUAAAACUAUUGCAAAGCAAUGCCAGAGAACUUCGACCCUUACUGGUUUUUAUAUGGGCAAAGAUUCUAGCAGUGGAUAAUACCUGUCAAGCAGAUCUUGUACGCGAUGGUGGUCACAAAUAUUUUUUAUCUGUGCUACAGGACACUUCUAUCCCGAGUGAGCACAGAACGUUAGCCGCAUUCGUAUUGGCCAGUAUCGUGAACGAUUAUCGGCCAGGUCAAGUGGCCGCAAAUCAAGGCAGUCUUGUUUCAAUAUGUUUGGAACAAUUAGGAGACACAAAUUCUUUGUUACGACAAUGGCUUUGUUUGUGCCUGGCGCGACUUUGGCAUAAUUUCGAUAAGGCGAGAUGGUGUGGCGUCAGGGAUAUUGCUCAUGAAAAAUUGUUCACCUUAUUAAAGGAUCCUGUACCAGAGGUCCGAGCAGCUAGCGUGUACGCAUUGGGUACAUUUAUAAACAGUGUUACAACCAGGAGCGAGCACGCAAAUAAUAUUGAUCAAAUUAUUGCUAUGACACUUAUUAAUACAGUUUCUCAUGAUAUGUGUCCAUUGGUUAGAAAGGAAUUAGUUGUGGCUCUCCAAUGGAUGGUGCUACAUUUCGAAAAUUCUUUCGUUACGUUAGCUAUGGCCGAGGAGAAUAGCCGAAAGGAUCUUGUAGUAGAAACUCUGUCUCCAUUCAGCGGCAUGAGGCGCAUUAGUUCGCGCGACAGAUUGAAGAUGUUGUCCCCGAACAGUACGUACACUGUAGAUACGAUCGAUGGGUUUGGACCGCAGGAUCGCAUCAAGAGAGUGUCGUCUUCAUCGUCCAUUAGUAGUCUAGGUAAUAAUUGGGAGUUCGUGAGGAAACCUUGCGAGUCACUUGGUCACAGUUCUCUUGGAAACUUACCGAGUCUGUCUUAUGGUAGUGUAUACAUGAAAUUAUGGCAUGGAUUGUGUAAUCUCGACGAUGAUCCUCAUCCGGUGGUCAGUGCUAUGUCUCAGAAAAUUACCAAUCAUAUUCGUAAUAAGGUGAGGGCAUCUUCGACCCCUAAGGAAGUAAUUGAAACAAAAAUUUCUUCGUCAUUGUCUCUUCCGCCGUCUCCAUCAAAUCGGACUGGUUAUUUGAGUAGCAAAGGAGAGUCACCACCAGCUGUCAACUCCGGAACAGAUUUGUUGCGUUCUUCGAGAGUUCUAUCGCAUGGUAAUCGUUCGAGGAAACCUGUGCCUAAUACAAUAUCUGAAGAAGACGAAGUACCUGGAGCUAAGACUCCAUUGACUACUUCUCAAUUUGUCGAAUGGAGUUGCGCACAGUUUGCGCAACCUGUUAGUUUAGAGGACGAAAUGGAUGAUGUAGAGAGCAGACCAUAUCUUGAGCGAGAAUGGCGGUUUAUACGUAAUGCGAAGCAAAGACAGGACGCAAAGGAAGAACAAUUGCGUGCGCCACAAAGUAAGAUGGAAUCGCAGGUGUAUCACGCAAGGUGUUCUCAGUCACCUCAAGUUUUGGUUUUUCAUCCAUUCGAACCGCAUUUAGCCGUGGCGCUGAAAGAUUGCUAUGGCAUAUGGGAUUACCAAAGCGGCACAAAGUUGACUUAUUGUACGAGUCAAGGAAACAAAAUGAAAUCGCGCAUCACGGCACUCGAAUUCAUUAACUCUCAUGAUUUGACUCUGCUGAUGACAGGUUCCGACGAUGGUUCCGUACAAAUCUGGAAGAAUUACAGCGGGACAAUAAGCCGCGAUCCGAUUCUACUUACAGCUUGGCAGGCGCUGGCGGACGUGCAACCCGCAACCAAAACGUCUAGUGUGACGGCACGACUUAUUACAAAAUGGGAGCAGAAAUCACUCACUUUAGCGGUAACGGGCGAUGUUCGCAUUGUAAGACUUUGGGAUGCGGAAACUGAAUUGAAGAAGCAAGAUAUUCCAACGGGCGCCGAUUGUUGUACCACGUGUAUAGAUGUUGAUGGCACAGGUGCGAUAAUGGCGCUGGGUUGUGGUGAUGGAUCGGUUCGACUCUUGGAUCGGAGAUUGCCUCCGGCGGAAGCGAGAGUUAUGACAUGGAGGGAACACACUGCUUGGGUAUUAGGUACAUUUUUAAGGCAAUCUGAAGGAUCCGCACAGCAACUAUUGACCGGAUCCUCCACAGGCGAUAUAAAAAUCUUUGAUCUUAGAAAAAAUUCCUCUGUGAGUACUAUUCAAGUACCACCAGGCAUCGCAGCGUUGACUGUGCACGAAAUUGCUGACAUUUUUGCUUGUGGCACUACGAAUCAUUGUAUCAGCGUCUACAAUACAUCCGGGCAACAUCUCAAUAUCAUAAAAUUUCACGAAGGAUUUAUGGGUACACGCCUCAGUCCAGUGAGCUGUCUGAAUUUUCAUCCGUAUCGCGUGACUUUGGCAGCCGGCUUUGUGGACAGUUCUUUCACGGUAUACGAGCCACGUAGAUGACUAUUAGAGAUGGAACUCGUGUAAGAUGGCUGUAGAAUUUUGUAAAUUAUAAAAACGCCUCCCUAUUUUUUUGCGUUUGCUCUAACGUGUUGCAACAUUCUCGACGAAAUUAAGGGUUUUUACUUCAUCCUGAUGUUUCCACGAGAGAAUUACGGAAAAUAAUUCCUAUGGUGAUGAUAAAGCAGUUUUUCCCUUCCUCGCUAUUUCUUCUCGCUAGAAAAAUCGAUGCGGUGUCCGUUAUUUCAUGCAAAGAUGGAGAGAGAACGUAAUUGUAGGUUUUGUGAUAAAAAUGAAAAAAAAAGUGAGUUAGCCAAAGUAUUUCGAGGCAAGACCAAAGAAUAAGGUACGAUUGACUAUCGUAUGACUUUUGCGCAUAAGAUAGGCGAUUACCGACGGAACUUUGGUAUCCCGGAAAAUGCCGAUGCAUAAUGACAGACACACACACGCACACGCACACGCACACACACACACACACACACAUACACACACACACAUUGUGAUAAAAAAAGAGGAGUUUAUGUAAAAACGAGAAAAAGAUUAACAUUUAACGAAGACUUUACGAUCCACGUAUGGUGAGAUGAUUGUGACUAUUGUGCCAUAUAAAUAUCUACUGCAGAAUUAAGCUGUUUCCACACGGAUUUUGAUGAAGAUAUUUUAAUUACUGAAUCGAUCGCGGUGUGGUUGUGUGAAUACGACUCGCAUCAUGUGCAUUUUUAUAAGCUGUGUAGAUGAUAUUGCUAGAGUACUUUUCGCUAUUUGUCGACGUGUAUAUAUAUAUAUAUAUAUAUAUAUAUAUAUAUAUAUAUAUAUAAAAUUUGUUUUUAAAUAUUUAAUCGCAUGCACGCGCGCGCACACACACACACACACACACUCUCUCUCUCUCUCUCUCUCUCUCUCUCUCUCUCUCUCUCUUAUUAACACAUAUGUUCCUAACCAAUAAAAUAAUGUAGUUCCGUUUCGAAUAAUUUUAACCAUUACCGAUAUCGUACAAACUUUGUUUAAAUAAUUAUAAUUUUCUAAGUACUAGGACUUGAGAAAAAAACAUAUUUGUUACGUUUAUAUAUUCGAGUGGCAAUAUUAGAUGUAAACCGUAUAUACGUGCAAUAUUUAUAGAUUGAUAUUCAUGAAUCUAGAUAUAUGCAACUGCAGAGAUUUUCAAGUAUACUUAGAGUGUUUAUUGGGACUAACUGAGAAAACCUCUAGAAUUUUGAUGGAAUUAUUUUUUUUAUCUUUGCUUGCGUUCCGAAAUUUAUUGUCAGUACUGAAAAUUUAUAGUAUAUGUACCAUGAACCUUAGAUUUUCAAUAUUGGCAGUGUAUUUUGAAACACAGCUUUUGAAAAUCAUGGACUUGAUAUGAUAUGAAAUUUUAUUCAUGGUACUCACAAGGAAAUUUUUGGAAUUUUACUUUUAACAUGUAAAGUGCCAGCGGCGCCUAUUGUGUGCCAUGGGAUACUCUUAUCGAAAACCAACGACGCACGCGAUGUGUAAACUUGAUGAACAAUGAAAAGCACAGGCAAUACCAUUAGGAAUUAAGGAACAGUUGAAUAUGUUAAGGAAAACAAAGCGUUCUUUGCUCAGCAUAUUGAACUGUUUAUUAUUUUCUGUUGCAACUACCUGUGCUUUUCAUUAUGUAUUAGCUUUAUACUCUCGCUGGUCGUUCAGCUACGUCUUGCGAUAGAUGUGUGUAGUGACGGUUUAAGAAUUUUAUUUUCUGUGCACAGAUCUCAAAUUGCAUAAAAAAUAAUAAUUUCCAAGCAUUGGACAGUUUUAAGCGUCGCCUCCUGCUGUAUACCUGAAAAAUUGAUUGGUACUUAACGUGUUAAAUUCUAUUUCUCUUUUUUAAUAAAACUGUUUCUUCGGUUAUUUUUUUGAUAAAAUUGAUUAGCAAUAAGUAUGACACACACAUCCAUUCUUAUGUGAUUCGUCAGCAUUAUAAAAAUUUAAUAACAAAAAGCCGGAUUAAAUUAUCGUUGUACAUUCGAAUAAUAUGCUUCCAAUGAGCUAGAUCCAUUGUUAGAUACAUUGCGGAAAAAUCGUUAUAUACCAUAUUCGAUUCAUAUAAUUUUUUUAGUACUCUUCAACGAAUAUGUAUUUUAGACGAUUUGAGCAUGCAGAAAUCGUUGGGUUUAACUCCUUUUUCACUUACUUUCACUUGCUGAAAUUGAAAUUUAUAGUCAAAAUAGUUUUAGCACCUAGAAAAAAUUUUGGAACGGAUUUUAAACAGAUGAAAACUGCGGUUGAUUUUAUGAUUUUAUCAAACCAUCUCUGCGAAUUUUUUACAAUCUGUUUUUAUUAAAAUCUUGAUUUUCAACAAAUUAAUUUUUGAAAGUCAUAUGAAGGUCACUGGUAUUUCUUUAAUAUAAUUAUUUUUAUUUAAUUGCAAUAUUACUUUUUCAUAAUAUGAAAUUAUUGAUAAUUAUUUUUAUUUAACUGCAAUUACUUAUUCAUAAUAUGAUUCCUCUUAGAGGAAUCAUAUUAUAAAUAAGAAUGGUAGAGUAAAUUUAUUGAAAAAUCAAUAGUUUACAAGUUAUUUCACAUUUUAUUCUGGCAUAUUUCGACAUAGUAUAUUUUGUAAAUUAUUUAUUUUUUGAUAAUUGCAUUUUAAUACUUUUAUAUACAGAAUAAUGAGAUGAAUCAAUUGGUGUAAAGAAGAUACGUUGUUGCUUUAAAAAAAAGUUUAUGCAAUUUGUAAUAUGCGUUUAUACAACAAAUUUUUGAACAAUGUGUUUUUUUUAUAAUAAUUGAUAUUGUAAUAGAUACUUUUAUACAAAGAAUAAUGAAAAAAAUUAAUUGUUCUAAAGAAAACUUUUCAAAAAAAUAUAUAAUCGACGUGGUUCAAUAUAGUAAAAUUAACUGCUGUUUUCUUUAAAAUGCGUCUCGAAAAUUUUCCUGGAUGAUUUUUUCGAGUUUUAUCGGCUACCGAAUGAAUCCUUUGAAGAAAAGUUACAACGAUUUUUAUGAUCAAAUAAUUUUAAUAUUGAGAUGCUAAAUGAUUAUCAAGAGUAUUUUGAUUAUGAUUUUCGCUUUCAGCAAAUGAAAUUAACUUAAGUCGAAAAAAAGUUAAACUCAAUGAUUCGUUUUCCUCAAAUCAUUAAAAAUGUAUGUACUCCUUUAAUAUUCAAAACCUAAGUGACUUUUCUUUCUAAUUUUUAUCAAUCUGUUUUUUCUCAAUCUUUAAUUAAAGAAUAAAAAAGCUAUAAUAAAAUAAAUUUAUUCUAAAGUUUCAUGAAAAAAUUUUCCAAUCUUACCUAAAAUUUUUAAUAAAAUUUCUGGGAAAAUCCAGGAAUUCUCAGGAAACUUUUAUAAAAUUUCAGUAAACACCCUGAUGUAUUAUAUAAAGCUGAACAAGCGUGAAAAUUAUGGUACGGAAGAGCGGAAAAUACAUAUUUGUUUAAUACGAAUGUACAACCUCCGAUUUAUUAUUUAUAUAAGUUUAUCUUAUAAAAGCACUUGAAUGAAGAUAUUUAAUUGUACAUUUUACGGUUACAACGAUGCGCCAUAUCAUUAAAAUUUUUUACUUUUCAAGAGUCCAUAUGUCCUGUUGAGAAUUAUAUAAAAUAUUUAGUGUGUAUAUACUUUUCUUCCGCCCGGUUUUAUGAAAUGGUACGUGGCGAAAUUAUUAGAAAAUAACGGCUGCAUAUCUGCGAUAUAAUAUUUUGUAGUCAUGCAAUUGUAUUGGACGAAAAUAAUGACAACGUAUUUUAAGUAUUGAUUAGUUAUAAUUAUGUUAUUAGUAUCUAGUACUAGUUCGUUUUGUUCCAUUGUCGGUAAACCGCUGCUCUUUUCGGGAAAAAUAUAUAAUACAUCGAUACUCACAGGGAACAGAAAGCAAUCUAGCUUCUUUAUGGCGCGUAAUAUAAUAUUUAGGACAAGUUACUGCUAAGCUAAAAGUACGAGUAGAGUACGUUGCUGUUACACGAGCAAAAAUCGGUUAUAUUAUUGUAACGAUAAAUAUAUUGUAAAUACGUGAAUAUAUCAUAA